GAUAAAGAAACUGCUGAAAUUUUCCUGGAAAAGAGAUUCAAGGGACAUUGUUUACUAUAGUCUAGCAGAAUUUCCAUGAAAAUUUACCAGCUCAGGCAAGAAACUACUCCUCCACUUUGCUGAUGAUGGAAAACUGAACCUUUUUAGGGACUCUUUUAUGUUAUAUUUCUAUGUACUUUUGUUCUUUAACUCACUAUAGUUUCACGUAACAUGCUAGGAUUAUUAAAACUGAUAGGUUUUAGUUUUUUUUCUCUGAAAAAAAAGUUUUCCUUAUUCCCUCCCCUGAUACUUACUAAUGUAGAUGUGAUUGGUGUUUUUAAUUAUUGUAAAUUCUUUACUGAGGACUCAAUUCUGCAAAUUCCUGUGUAUGUUGCCUGUUUGUGAGUGCUUAUCUGAGGGUAGUUACAUGUGUUUAAGGUGUUCACAGAACAGAGAUCUUUAUUUUCAUUUUACCCUUAAAUAAGGGAGAGAUUUUAUUUAUUUUUCCACAGAAUAGCAGAGGAAGGUUCAAGUUCCUAUCCCCUGUUGUCCUUAGGAGUCAGAGUGACUUACCUGUCCCUGAGGAAUUCAGCAUACACUAGUAGGGAGAUUUCUGUUGCUCUAUGCUGCCUGUAAAACACCAGCAGCAGUGAUCAAAAAACCCCCACCCAGUUCAGGGUUCAGUGUUCUGGGUUAUUAGGAUGUUAUAGCCCUUGUCCUGAAAUGGUAGGAGGGUUUCAGGAAAGCUGGGUAGUUCCUGUGCGUUAAUUCUUGGGGACAGUGAGGCCUGAGCCAAAACUCCUUAAAAUGGAUGAAACGCCUCCCAGUGAGUUUAGUGGGUUUUCUCAGCUAAGUCUUAGUGGUGUAUUUGGGCAGGCUCAUCACGGCUCUGCUUCUGCAUACUAGGAAUGUAUGAAAUUGUGCUCGCAGUCACGAGAAAAGGCCUGGAGAAGGCUGUGCUCACAGAAACCAGUGGCUUUCAGUUGCUGCUCAUCUUUGCUGUUAAUGGAUAAGUAUGAUGGCAAUGGCCACCUGCAUCCAGGGUUGAAUGGGUUGGGAAUACCUCAUCUGGCCAACACUUUGGCUGCAUGCGCUAGUGCUAACACAGAGCGAGUCCGCCACAUCUGCUGCAUGGGUGUGUGCUUCUCUUCAGUGCUGUGCUUCAGAUUCAGAAGUGUAAUGCAGAUAACGCAGAUCAAUGUCAGAUACCGAGCCACCGUCCUUUGCAUGCAUUGUGGCUGCAUUGCGGGCAUCAGUUCUGCUAUUCUCCUAAAUUUUUGUUCUUUUGCUACCAGGGACACAGUUCCAGUGGCACAGCCACAGCCGGACCUGCUGGCAGGAAACUAGCUUUUCCCCUCAUCAGCAUCUCAUACCUUUUAUGUGCUUAGGGGCACAUAUAUAUUUAGUGUGUCAGUUACAGUUAACAUUGAGUAACUUACAUGUUGAAUCUGAGAAUGUUAGUAAGUUUCAUUUUUUCCUCUUGGCCCUUUUGGGAAUGGGCAUAUAUAUUUUGGGAAGAGGCAUAUAAAACAGCAUUGGGCAUGUCAAGGGCAUCUGAUUCAGGCAAUCCUGAUAAAGAGAUAGCUGAGUUUUCCCUGAAUAUAUGUGAAUAGCAUACACUGACUGGGAAUCUAGAAUAAAUGAGGGCUUGGAGAAACCCAGUCAGAGCAAAAGAUGAAGAAGACUGAGCAGGAAUCAAGAAGAAUUGGGGAGAUAUGGACUGCAAAUACAGAUGGGCACUGGUAGCAGUCCUCCUUGCCAUUGCAGCAUAAAGCAGUGAUUUGAGAAACGCGUACUACUAUUGCUAACAAAGAGGAAGAUAUCUUGCUUUAGAAAUAGAAGUGAGAAAGAUUCCUCCCACAGCAGGCACACAAAGUUUUCAUCUUCCCACUCACACCACUGCUCCAACAGCAUGCAGCCCUGUUUGCAUCCUGGCAAUUUGCAUCCUGGGUUGGGUGAGUUGGGAGACUGGAAGUUGCAGGAGAGGAAAGUGCAACAGCCGAACACCUGCUGAUGGCAGGACGCCCUGUGGGAUGGGUCUGGAAGCAGUCCUUUCCCUCCUAGCUUGAGCCUCAUGCUUUCCCUGCCUUGGGGGGAAAAAAGGUUUGUGAAGAGAUUAUUUAAAAUUAAAAAAAAAACAAAACACAAAAACAGUUGUCAAUGUCUGCUUACUGGAUGAGUAGCUUAAACGUACUCAUCCAAGGCAGCUGUAACCUAAGCAGCCAAAGUCCACUUGAGCUGGGGAAUUUGAAUUUGGCCCCUUGUCUCCUUCACGCCCACAGUACAAAUGAAAGCUGCAGCUUCUUAGGGCUUGGUGGGAGGGAGGAGGCGGGAAAGCCACAAGAGUGUGGUGUUCCAUGAUUCCGUUAAGUGUCAAUGUAAUUGUCGGAGUUGCAAGGGACCUCUAGUCCAAGGGAUCAUCUAGUCCAACGCCCCUGCUAAAGCAGGAUUGCCCAGAGCACAUAACUCAGGACUGCAUCAAGAUAGGACUUGAAAAUCUCCAGAGAAGGGGACAGUUGAUGUGCAUUCCUUGAAAACCUGAGCUUCUCAUCACUUCUGGAUGUAGCAGUAUGACAAGUUGUUGGGAGACAGGAUGCAAUUUGUUAGGAGUGGGGCAUUAUGAUGAGUAUAGGAUCUUUCUGGGAGACUUACGGAGCAAUGCUGACUUGUGAUUAAGGGAUGGGGGAAAAGCAGUGAUACCCUGAAAACUGGGCUGGAAUCUCCAAAAACAAAAUCUUUGGCAGGAGUUACAUUCAAAGGUUUCAUUUUAAUUCAGAACCAUGUUUACUUUCAACUGUUCUUUAAAUAAUUUAGGGCUGUGUCCCUCUGGAGUAGAAACAGCAAAGUAGACUGGAGGGCUUCUGCCAUCAGUUAAAUCUGGCAAAUAGACUGUACAAAAAUAAUUUGUCUUUGCUAAUUGAAUAACAAUAGUUGCAUUGCACUUUGCUCCAGAAGGAGCCUAUGGAUGUUUAUACAUGGUGUACAAAAGUUGCUCUCAUCCUUAUUAAACAGCAGCUACCUCUGUGAUAGAGCCAAGUCGCUGUUCAGCACUGCAAGGCUAAAUAGGAAGAAGCAAUCAUAUUUCAGAAUAAAUCAUGUUCAUAUGGUGAUUAUUUUGUUAUGUCCCUUUAAUUUUCAGGAUAACUUAGAACUUUCUUGUGAAGACAAACCCUUAAAAGAAAGAUCUCUUGCAUCUAAAAAGGCAUGGCAUACAAUUAAAACCAUGGUUAACUUACCAGUCAUCAGCCCCUUCAAGAAACGCUACUCAUGGGUGCAGCUGGCUGGGCAUACAGGGAGUUUCAAGGCAGCUGAUAGUGGGAAGAUUCUCAAACGCUUCUCAGAGAAUGAAAAGGAGUGUUUUGAGCGACUGAUGAAAGACCCGCUACGCUCCUGUGUCCCUUGUUUCCAUGGUGUGGUGGAGAGAGAUGGCGAGAGCUACAUUCAACUGGAUGACUUGCUUACUGAUUUUGAAGGGCCUUGCGUGAUGGACUGCAAGAUGGGGAUCAGGACGUACCUGGAGGAGGAGUUGACUAAGGCCCGUGAGAAACCAAAGCUGCGUAAGGACAUGUACAAGAAAAUGAUUGAAGUGGAUCCUCUUGCUCCCACAGCUGAAGAGAACGCCCAACAUGCUGUCACCAAACCCCGAUACAUGCAGUGGAGGGAAACCAUCAGCUCCAGUGCCAACCUGGGCUUCAGGAUUGAAGGGAUUAAGAAGGCAGAUGGAACAUGUAACACAAACUUCAAAACUACAAAGACACAGGAGCAAGUCCUACAGGUUUUUGUGGAAUUCAUUGAGGGCAACACAACUAUUCUGAAAAAAUACCUCAAGCGUCUGCAGGAAAUUCAUAUAAUUCUUGAAUCCUCAGACUUCUUCAAGCGACACGAGGUCGUUGGAAGUUCACUACUUUUUGUACACGAUAGCACUGGGAAUGCCAAUGUGUGGCUGAUCGAUUUUGGAAAGACCACGCUUCUCCCUGAUGGGCAGACACUGGAUCACAGGAUUCCCUGGCAAGAAGGCAACAGGGAGGAUGGGUACUUGUUGGGAUUGGACAAUUUGAUUCGCAUCUUGGAAAGCAUCACUGAAAGAUGAGUUGAGAAUGGCACAAAACUUGCAGGGCUGCUCUGUGACUUUCUGCUCUACUGGGAUCGCUCAGAAGGAAACCUUUAACUCCCUCCAAACUCCUGAGGUCACCAGUGCAGAGGGAGCUGCAUCCAGAACCCAGCAGUUAGUCAUCACAACGACUUUACAUCGGCCCUCUAUGAACCUAAAUAACUCCAGAUUGGUCUGUAUUGUACCAGCCUAACUUCAGUCUGGUCCUCAGAGAAUGAAGAUCUCCCUACUCAGGAAACACACCAGCACAAGUCAAGAGAUCUGUGUGGUAAACCAGAAUGAUUCUGAUUUCUGGCAAGCAGGUGGGACUCCAGAUUACCUCUUAGUGAAUCAGAGCACGUGUUUGGGGAUUAAGGGUAGGAAUAACAAUUUUCAGGGAAGUGCAUAGUUUUGAAACCAGCAAGAGUGGUAUUGGUUUUUUUUUCCUCCCCCUAAUUGCAAGUUUCCUUGCUCCUGUGUAUGCUAUAGAUUGGACCACCAACUUCUGCUGCAUUGUGUUACAGUGUGCACAAGGUGGAAAUGGGUGAUCAUCACAAGAAAUCUGGAGUAAAGGGAGACAGCAGUUUGUAGUGGCUGGAUGUGGUAACUGCUGUGUUGACCAUUCCUCUUCCCUACCCCAGCCCGGAUUCUCUUCUAUCCAAGAACAGCCUUUGCUUUUACGUAGCCUCUCAGGAGAUUACAAAUACUCUAGGAAUAGCAGCCUAUUGUCUCCAAAAAUGUCUGACUUUCAGACUGGGUGGGCUGUUGGAGAAGUGCCUACCUUGGCAAGUUUGGCCUCUUGCAGCUGAACUGCAGUUCUGAAAAUCAGUAAUGACUCUUUCGCACACAGACCAGGGAGCUAAGGGUUGGGUUGGUUGUUUUGUUUUUUUUUCAAGGCUUGUUUAUUUUUAAAGACAAAGCCCCUAUACACGUGCACACACACGCUCGCACUAGUAGCCGGUAACCAAUGUGAUCUCUUAAGAUCAUGGUUUGACUGACUCCUAAUGCGCGUGACUGCUUGGCCAUGUUCCUGUUCCCAAUCUGAUGCUGCCACUUCAGUGUACAGACCGGCGCAGCCAUGGGGAAGGUAAUGUUUCUGCAUUCACAGCAUUACACUAAUGAUGAGAUAGCGCCCAGGUGUCCUUCCUCCAAGGUAUCAGCUGUUAACUCAGGGCAGUUUGGGGGAAGGAAUGUCAAUAUAUCCCGUCCCCCCGUCCCCAUUGGGAAUCGCAGGACUAUCUGUGGGUCAUUCUUCUUUUGCUGUGGCCCAGGCACGGCCACAUAAAGUUCACAGUGUUUAGGUUAAAAUCAAGAAAGACUGAAGUGGUUCCUUGGAAUGGCUUGACAUACCUUCUCUAUUGGUUGCUUCUACUCACUUGAACAGUUCUUUAAAUUCUAUCAGUAUAAAUACUAUCAGUAUUCACAUGUUCACUCACAUUCCAUGUUUUAGCAUAAAUAACGUGAUGAUGCAGUUUUCAAACUGAGGGCAAGACACAUAUUGCUAUUUGAUUGUUAAUCCACUUUCAACACCUAAAGCUGGUAAUGCACAUUGAAAUUGCUGUCUUUUGCCCGUGUCCUGUCUUCAGAAGAGAUUCUGGGAACUUUAGUAUGUAACAAGGUGACUCCAUGCUUUGGGAAAGUGCUAUUUGAAUAAUAAUUGUGAUCACAAGCAAAAAAAGACUGUAGAGUCCAGUACUGGAACAAAAUGUAUGUAUAACAGUUGUAAUUAGAAUUGAACAGCCUAAAUAAUUUCUAAAAUGGGUUCCUUUAGAUAACACGCUACUGUAGUAAGAGAUCAGUCAGAUUUAAUAACUUUUUCAUCACCUCUAAACAAAGCAUCAGUAUUAAAAAUUCAAGCUCAGUUGUGACCUAAAAGUUAGAUACCAUGGAGUGGGUAUUCUGUGGGAAAUAAUGACACAGGGAAACAUUUCAUCCUAAACCAGAAGUUGCUUGAAUUUGUAAUUAUUUUUGCUUCUUCUGUGGCCUCCCAGUUUUAUUUUCAUGAUAGUAUGUUAAUGUUUUUCUGCUUAGAUCUUUCAGAGGGUUUACACUUUUUUAAGCGACAGUGAGCACAGAUAUUAUCAUUCCAGCUGCCUUCUAACUUUUGAACUGCUAUGAGAUGACAAAUUAAUCUGUGGUGAAUUUCAUACAAUUUUAAAAGAAAAAAAGAAGUCUUCCUCCUUGCCUGCAGCCAACAGGUAAGCCAUCGGUUAGCAGUGCUUAAGGAGAAUUACCUUUCUAUGAGACUGCAAUUGCAAGCAGUCCUAUUAAUUAAAAACAUUAGAAAAGUCAGAAAUUAGACUGUUAAGGUGAUAGAAUUCAUUAGUGGUUUGCCUAAUUAAUCUUCAGAGUUAAAUAGCCUUCUUCUGUUACCGUGUGUAAAUCUUUUGCACUGGCGUAACUUACUUAUGUUCUAGAGGGGAGAUUUAGAGGGUAAAAGUUGAUGCUCAAAUGUCAGCUGAGAAUUUGAGACAAACUUUUAGAGUGAUGCCCAGUUCUACAGGAGAACUAGAAGCAAUGUGGUACCAGCAGCUUCAAAAAAAACCCCACAUGCUGCUACCACCUGGAUGGGGUGCAGUACGUGCUCGUGGGGGAAAACAUGGCGAAUGAUCCAUUCCUCUGCAGUUGUUGAAAAGGUUAGGGGGGGGGAAAAGCAAACCUCUGGUAAAGCAGACCUUGUUUGGAAACUCAUUCUGGAUGGUGAAUAGUUCUAGGAAGUUAGUUUUUAAAUGGCCCUUUGGCUUGUGAAGGGAUUAGAAGGGAAGAAGCCACAAUCUUCUGGUGCUGUUAUGGGAAAGGAGAAAAGGAGGCAGCUUUUCAUUAGCAAACUGCGCGUAGAGGACUGCAGCUGAGCACUGGAGCUCAAAGAGCUCAUGAGCAACCUACCACAGGGUACGUUUGGUACCUUGAUUUGUGUGGGAUAGCCCAGAGUGCCUGUCUGUGUACACUCACGUGCUAGUGUGAGGGAGCAGUGUAGCCUUCUUUCACCAGGGGGUAAGCUGCCUUGAAUAAGCUCAUAUUUACCAGAGGGCCAGCAUGGUGCCUGUGCACAGGCACGUAACAUAGAAGAGCUGAUGCAGCGUAACCAAGGUACUUGUUCACAUACAAGCCCAGAGUGUAGUUCUUUAAUGCCUCUGCUGAGAUAUUGCCUCCCUCUGGAGACACUGAGAGCAUGUGUUUGCACAGCACGGUAAGAUGUGCUGGCCCAGAGGCACAUUGGUGCUGAACAGCUCACCUCUGACUUGGGCAUCGAGGUCUUCAAACUCACUAGUUAGACCCAGCAAUGCUUACUGCUGUCGCUGCUGCGUUCCUGUGUGAGUCUAGCAGUAGGACUUCUGUCCCUCAGCUUUAUCAGUGACUUGGGUUUUUUUUGGCCUUGGACAAGUAUCCUAGGCCUCAGUUUUGUUCCCGUUCUACAGAUGGGAAUAGUAUCUACUUACCUCACAGGAAUGGUGUGAGGCUGUCCUUCAUUAUUGCUUGCAAGAAGCUGUGAGAUUCUUUGGAGGAAGGUGCAAUAUAGAAAGAAAUGCACAAAAAGAUAUAUCAGCUAGGUUUAAAAAUGAUGGGUGCUGGGGCCCCACAAGGAUAUAAAUUUGGAUGACAUGUAACCAAAUUGGUAAAAUUUAAAACCCUCCUUUUUUUUUAUUUUUCUUUAAAGCAGAGGGAAAUUCACUUAACAUCUGAUCCAGUUCCUAUUCUAGGGAAAUAUUUCAAUGGGAGUUGGACCAAACCCUUAAGUAUCUCAGAGGGCUCUUGCUAUUUUUUUUUUUUUUGUAUUGCUGUUGUUAUUAUUUGUUAUUCUUAAGGUACUGAGAUCGAAUGGCCUGUAUUAUCCACAGCGCAUCCGUUCUGAACACUACAAUGCAAUGCUGACCAUGGUCACUUUUGACAUUGACUGUAUUGAUUGAGUGUUUGUUACUCUGAAGUGUGUAUGCUACUAAAUAAACGAGACUGGAGGAAAAAAGA